CACCGUGCUGAUGUGUUCUCACGUUAGCUCCCGUGUCGUGGAUAGUCGCUGCCCUUUUUCUUUUCCUCGGUAGUACCGUUGUGUGUGCUCUGCUGGUGGACUCUGCUCAGUGUUGUUUCAUUGAGGAAGAAAAGAAACGAUUCAUCGCACACGCACACCUGCAAACCAAAACAAUCCCAGUGUUCUUCUGUGUACUAUUCCGUGUGUAAGCACACACACGAGUGUGAGUGUGUGCGUUGCCACUCUCGUGGGUUUGGGCGAGCGCCACACGGGUUUUGUGUGUGUGUGGGUGUUGUUACUCGCCGUCGUCGUCCCGUCCCAAGAGAAGAGAAGAACAUCAUCACCAUCAUCAAUCGUACACGACGGACGGGGAGUAGUAGAGAGAUAUCAAAAUGGCUACUAGUGAUGAUGAACAUUACCAUCUCUAUGAAGUGUUUCAAAAUUGCUUCAACAAAAUCGCAAACAAGCAGCCUGAAAAAGCAGGCUAUCAGUCUCCAUAUGGCGGCAUGGACAAUGGCGUGUACACACCAGAGGAAUAUACUCACGAAAGCCCGGUGUCCGGAGGGCAGAGGUACACGUCACCCAAGCCGGGUGGCGGUCUAUACCAACCGGAUGCGUACUAUGACGCUCCGGGUGGUUCCUGGUAUCCCUCAUCGUCCAGCGGUGCGUACGCGCCUCACACGGCCGGUUCUGCGUAUCACAACGUAGGUCACGGGGCGCACCUCGGUGGACCCCAGCAUAGCCAUGACCAGUACGCAAUGUCGCCGGUCGGCGUUCCGCACAUGGACGGACAUCUAAACCAAAAUCAAACACAAGCACUUCCACCGAUGAGCACGUUCCGGGGAAACACCGCCCAGAUACCGCCGAUCGGUCCCCAGGGACAGAACUCACCCGCAAUCUACAACGCAAUCGCAGGUCACCACAAUCAACAUGCACAACAUAGUCCAAUUGUACAAAACGAUACGCUCGUCGGAAAUGCACUGAAAACGAUGUAUCCCACUGAUCCGAGCAUUAGCAGUUACGGUUCAAACCCAACGACACCAGUGAACUCACCUCCUCCACUAACAUCACAGCAGCAGGCAGCGGCCGCCGCAGCCGCAGCAGCCGUCGCCCAGCAGCAAUCGUCCGUGGCCGCGAGUAUACACGGCUCCAGUGCGACGGCCGGAUCGUCCAGCGGUGGUGUAGGUUCCUCGGCCACGGCGUCGUCCGCUGCAGCUGCGGCGGCGGCAGCGGCAGCAGCAGCUGCAGCGGCCGCCGCAGGUAGCCCCUGGCAACAAAUCAACCCUGUGAUCAACAAUGGCACUGGACCGGCUGGAGCGGCAGGAUCCGCGGCUGCCGUGGCAGCGGCCGCAGCUCUCAAUGGCUUACCCAACGGUUCCUACGCUCCCGAACUGGUGCACCGAGGCCUGCAGCACAUGGCUAAUUCGCCCGAGAUUCAACCGCUGGACGAUGCGAUUGUGUCGCUGCUCAGGGAGCACUCGGAGAAUGGAACGGGCACCCGCAUGGAGGAGCGUCUGGACGACGCGAUCAACAUCCUGCGGAAUCACUGCGAACCGCAGGUCGGUGUUUCGCUCUCUUCGAUCGAUGCCGGUUCGCAGUACGGUGCCGCCGGGGCAUCGAUCAUUCCACCGGGCGGUCCGUCGUCCCAACAACAACAGCAGCAGCAGCAGCAGCUGCACGGCCAAGACUCGACCAGUGAUUUACCGACGGCCGUCGCUGCCGGGCUCAUACCAGUGAAAACCGAAAGAUUACCAAGCACACCGGGUUCCGCCAAUAUCAAGAAACGCAAAGAGCCUCCAGAUUCAGACACCAAACCUAGCAGUUCCGUACCAGGUUCCACCAAGGGUGCCAAGAGGCAGCGUAAAUAUAAAAAUUCACGCAGUUGUUCCAGUGCUGACGAUGACGACGAUGACGAUGACAUCGAUCCGGUGACUAAGGAUCGAAAGGAGAAGGAACGGAGACAGGCCAACAAUGCCCGGGAAAGAAUACGCAUCCGGGACAUCAACGAAGCUCUGAAGGAACUGGGACGCAUGUGCAUGUCACACCUCAAAUCAGACAAGCCCCAAACCAAGCUCGGCAUAUUGAAUAUGGCCGUCGAGGUGAUCAUGACGCUCGAGCAGCAAGUGCGAGAACGCAACCUAAACCCAAAAGCCGCCUGUCUGAAGCGGCGAGAGGAGGAAAAAGCCGAGGAUGGCCCCAAACUGCCCCCUCACAUAUUGCACCAAACGCCGUACCCCUCACUACCCGGCCCGCCGCCAAAUCUUCCCCACAAUCCCGGGCCACCACAAUAGCAUAAUAACUUUAAUAACUUAAUUCGAAGAUAACACUGCAAGCAACAUACAUGUACAUAUACAACAAAAACAACAACAACAGAAGCAGCAGCAGCAGCAGCCGCCGCCGCCGCCGCCGCGACUUCAGUAGUAGCAGCAGCAGCAACAACAUCAGUAGGUGAAUCGUGCGAGUGCUUGACGGACUGGUGGAUGUGGUUGUGAAUGAUAGUGUGCGUGCGUGUGUAUGAGCGAGUGUGUCAUAAACACAAAGUAGGAAACGGAAAAAAAAGGUUUGUGACACAAGUUAAGGAAAAGAAAGUGAAACAAAUUACUAUCUUUUAGUAUUCUCUGUAAAUGUAAUGUAUGAAUUUUUGAGGCGAAAAAAAAAAUGCGAAACAACUAGUAAGCAGAGCGGAGAAAAAUCAAACAAACAAACAAACAAAAGUCCUGCUAGUUUAGCAACUGAAGGUAGGAAACUUAUUUAUUGAAAAGGAAUUGCAACAUCACAUCGAUCAGACUGUAUUUUU